AUGGAGGGCGUUCAGACCGUGGACGUGAGCUGGCUUCAUCAUUCACAGAAAGACCAUUUAUCUCGCACAAAGUCUGUGAAUUCGCCAACUACGGCUAGUGAAAGGCCAGGGCCCGGAGCUGGCACAGAGCAGCCAGCAUCCUCCCCACCCAAGUCGCACCGGAGAAAUCGAUCCAACAGUAGCCCGGCGCAACCGACACCCCCUCCCCCUUCCUCGGAGCCGAAGAAAGCCCCCCAGAACGACAUAACGCAAGUAGAAUCGAAGCCACAACCAGCGGAGAAGAAUGAGGAGCAAAAGGCAUCCACGCCAUCUCCGGCUUCGCGAAAAAGCGACCCGAAGCCCAUUGGACGACGGAACUCCUGGAUAUCCAAUUUGAGCUCGAAGUUCUCGUCUGGAUCUACGCCACCGUCGCAAUCUAGUUUAAAAUCUAGUCCUGCGAGUCCGAAAACGACUUCACCCCUCGACACACACAAUCCGUUCGGCGCUGCCUACUCCCCGAAGGACAAGGAAGAGGAGAAAAAAGAUGACUCCAACCCGUUUACUUCGACAUCACCUAAAAGCCCGUCGUUUAUUCACAAUGCUCUGCGCAAGUUUUCGUCCAAUUCUGGUGGUUUGCCCAAGUUGAAUCCCAAUGAUUCCAUCUGCCCGCGUCGUGUGAUGAACAUCGACCAGAAUCGACACCGAUGCAAAGUCGCAGACCUAAACCAGGCUAAACUAAACCGUGUGGCUUUCUGUGUGGACGUGGAAAUUGCGGGAAUAUCACACCGCGAUGACGACGAGGAAGCUCCUCCGACCAACCAACUACGGCAGCCUCUCCCCGAGUCUAAUACCCACAAGUCCAAGAAGGCAGAUCUCAAGUCAAAGGGGAAAGAGGAAGCUGCCGCUUUGAAACAUCCAGAAACUGUCUUGGCUGAAAAGGAUGCUUCCCCACCGGCUCCUGCUCAGGCUACAGGCGAUGCGGCUACCCAGAAGCAAGAGAAGAAGAAACGGUCGGAGGCAGAGCGGAAAGAACGGAAGGAAAGAAAGCGGCGGCAAGCGGUGGCAAACGGCUCAGUACCAUUGCAACUGGAUGCCGAGCAUGACGAGGAGGAACCUCAAGCAUCACCGCCAGGUGUCUCUCGAUCCAAAACGCAAAGCCACCCGACAACCGAUCCUGUGCGCAUCUAUCGUCGAUGCUGUCAGCUGCGCGAAACGCCCGUUCUCAAGAGAGUGGUUGACGAGAUUUCGAAACCUUCAUCAACAUUGGCUGAGUCUCCCGGUACAGUGGCGGCUCUGGAUCUCAGCAACUUCCCGAUGACGUCGCAGGACCUAACAACUUUCAGUGAUUGGCUUGCUGUUGUCCCAGUCCGCAAGUUGAUUCUUGAAAAUUGCGCACUAACGGAUGCAUCCGUACGUGCCAUUCUUGCAGGUCUGCUUUCUACCAAGACAGUAGAACAGAUGCGCUACCGACGGAGACGAUCUCGAAGACCCGAGUCCCCAGGUGUUAAGGAUCAUGAAAGAUAUGGUGUUGUGGAAAAGCUUUCUUUGAAGAACAAUCCUAAGAUUGGACGAGAAGGAUGGCGUCACAUUAGUCUCUUCAUUCACUUGUCUAAAUCUUUGAAAGCCAUCGAUUUGUCGGGCAUUCCUUUCCCUCGUGGUCAGAUUGCGAUCGGUGGCUCUGGCGCACCAGGUCAAACCCAGCCACAAACAGUUGAUGUAAGCACUGUCUUCGCUAGUGCGCUGGCAGAGCGCUUUGGUGGUGAUCACCUUGAAGAACUGCUUAUGAGUGAGUGCUAUCCUUCGGUUGAUGCCGUCCAACAAAUCUGCCAGGCAAGCACCAAGAUGGGCUUGCGAAGACUCGGCUUCGCCAACAACGGUCUGACGAGAGAGGGAUUGGAACAUGUGGUUGAGUAUCUCAAGAUCGGUCAGUGUGAAGGCCUGGACCUAGGUGGCAACGCCAUCAAGGAUGAUCUUGAUCUUGUCACGAAUGCGAUUGAGCCUGAGCAGCCACUCUUAGCUUUGAGUCUAGCAGAUUGUUCCUUGAACCCGUCAGUGAUCUGUCCACUGCUCCAAGCCCUUGCCCAGAUCCACAACCUCCGCUUCAUCGAUUUCUCUCACAAUCGUGAGUUAUUCUCAGCUCAGCCCAAUGCUCUUGGGGCAUUCCGUCGCUUCUUGCCAAAGAUGCCGUCUUUGAAGCGCUUCCAUUUGGCUGAUGUCGAUCUCACACCAGAUCAUGUCAUUGGUCUUGCUGAGGUGCUUCCAGAGUGCCCCAGUCUUUGCCAUUUGAAUAUUCUGGAGAACCAGCAAAUCGAGGACCUGGCCUCUACCACCGAUGCUGUUGCACAGGAAGAGGCAUGUGCUGUAUAUGCCUCUAUGAUGGCCGCUGUACGUGUCUCACGAACCAUCAUUGCAGUCGAUAUCGAUGUACCCAGCGCCGAAAACAACGAAGUUGUCAAAGCCCUGGCAUCGCAGAUCGUGGCCUACUCGCUACGAAAUCUCGAAGGGGGUGCCAUUGCGGAAGAGCUUUCCGAUUCUUUCGAUCACCUUGGAGCUAAGGAUGUUCCUGUGCCUGAAAUCCUGCAACAUAUUGUCGGAUAUAGUUUCCCCUCCGAAGAGCCGUGUGACGAGGAUGACGAGGCGGCUCCAGACGAGGACUAUGUUAUUGGCGGUACAGGUGUGGUCAAGGCAUUGGGCGUUUGCCUCGGAAACCUGGACCAGCAGGGUCUCGAGGCUCUUGGGGAUCACUCUGCACCGGCGAGUGGCACUACAACUCCCAGACGCCGCAAGUCUCGCAGUGUUGUUACCAAACGGCCCCGUGACAUGUCGAAGAAUCUGCUUGAAUCGGCCCGGAAUAUCAGAACUCGGAUUCAGUCGGCUCUCAUUCGUGAGGACCGCGCUGGCAAUGACGCGAAUUACCGCCGCUUGCAAUUCUUGGAUAUCACCUUGCACAGGAUGAUCCAGCGCUUCGAGGACGAAUACCCAGAAACUCGCAUCAGUCCCCAAACCGCACCCGCUGUCCCAGCCCCCGAUACCAGUUCCCAACACUCUAAUGAAGACGGCACUGGUUCCAUGGCUACUGGUGGCAACUUGAACAACAGCCAACUUGACGAGACUGGAGCUGACGAGGAAGAUGGCGACCACUAUGCCGUCCGCCUUUCCCGCGCCAGCUCCAUGACUUCGCUCCACUCUCGUGCUAUGACCUCCCAGGAAGGUCACAUUCAUCGUAUCGGCCAGAACCUCCGCCGCGACUUCCUCAAACCAUCCCUCACCCCCGGCUCUGGCGAAGAAGACAAAGAUAACGACGAUUCCCACAUCGUCGCUCUCCGCCAGAAGCUCGACCGUCUCCACGACGAGCAGUCUUUGUCCAAUUUCGACAACUUCGAAAACGACAGGGCCUUCGAGGAACUCGGCACCACCGUUGACGAACUUUGGGCCGUCCAGCGACAAGAUGCCGAAGGAUUCGAGCGCUUCAAGCAGUCCCAGAUCGCUGCCCAGAUCAACAGUGGUCUUCGGCUUCAAAACAACCCAGAACAUAGGAAGGACUCUGAUGAAUCAGAGGCUAAGUCCCCUUAA